AUGCCCUUAUUAGAUGAACAGGUUCAUAAAUUGCGCACUAUUCAGCUUUUGAUAAAUAGAGUAUACUCCAGAAUACUGAACGGACCUCUUUUUACCAACUUUAGCAAUUUCAACUUUAUUAGUAGAUUCGACAUGACUACUUCCAAGACUCAUAAACACUUUUCUCAAUCCUCGUUAGAUUAUAACAAAUCUGUUAAGAAUCCUGUUGCUGAGGUUAAGGUGGUUCCUGUUUUACAGGAUAACUUUUCCUACAUUUUAAUAGACCCAGAAAGCUCAAACGCGCUAUGCGUUGACCCUGCUGAGCCUCAAAAGGUGCUUUCAGUGGCCCAAAGCUACGAUUUAAAAUUUAAGUUGUGUCUGUGCACACACAAACACUGGGAUCACAGCGGCGGCAAUGUUGAGAUGAAGAGACUGGUUCCAGACCUUGACGUCGUCGGCUCAUCCUACGAGAGCACUCCGGGCGUAACUUUGCCGGUCAAAGACGAUGACACCCUAUCAUUCGGAAGUCUGAAGAUCAGGUGCAUUAAGGCCUCGUGCCAUACCACCGGGCACAUAAUGUACUUUGUGUACUCUCCUGAAAAACCUGAUUUACAACCCAUUCUGUUCACCGGUGAUACUAUAUUUGUGGGUGGAUGCGGUAGAUUUUUUGAGGGCUCUGGCGAACUCAUGCUCGGCAUAAUGAGGAGGGUUAAAACACUUCCCCCAAACACCCUCAUCUACUGCGGCCAUGAAUACACUGUAAAGAAUAUGAAAUUUGCCUACUACGUUGAUCCAAGUCAACCUGUUGUUGAUAAAUUAAAUUGGUCCCAGGAUGUGAUUUCUAAGGGCGGUGUUACCGUGCCUUCCCUUUUGUCUGAGGAAGUUCUUUACAACCCCUUUAUGCGCACCAAGGACCUCAUGUCAUCUCUGGAAACAGCCUCUGAAGAGGCUGCCAUGUCCAAGCUCAGGCAGAUGAAGGAUCGAUUUUAA